CGUCCACCCAAUGACGUAUGCUGCUCUGACUCUCGAGGAAAACAUUUACAACCCCUCACGCACGAAGGACGACCAUCUUAUCUCCAGACUUCGAAAGAAAAACCAACAAUCUCACUGCAGCAAUCCCACUUUCAAAACAAAGAAGUCUACAAACAGUUGUGAUGUCGCCUUUGAUCUUCAGUUUCCCUCAGGAUUACGGGUAUGUCACCCUUGCAGCAGCGUCUACUGGAUUUCUAGGCUUGUUCCAAACCAUGGCCGUAGGCAGGGCGCGCAAGGCAGCCAAAGUGCCGUACCCGAUCGCCUAUGUCUCUCACGAGGAGGCGCUUGGCGACCCAGCUAAGAUGAAAUUCAAUUGUGCUCAACGCGCACAUGCCAACACCUUAGAAUCGUUACCCUUUUUCCUGUUCAGUCUGCUAUUUACUGGCCUCAGACACCCUCGUUUUUCAGCCAGCUGUGGUGCGCUAUGGGUCGUUGGUCGAGUUUUCUAUACUCUAGGUUACAACACUGGAGACCCUGCUAAACGAUCCCGAGGUGUAUUCCAUAAUUUCGGGACUCUAGGUCUUUUGUUAGGCUCUACUUGGGUGUCAUUACAAAUGGUGAUGGAGACUUUUUGAUGGAGGCAUAUAUUGGAAGAUGCACGAAAAAUAUCUGAUGUAGCUCAUUCAAGAUGGCUACUGAUCAUUACCUUGAAAGCUUGUAGCAGAUUUAUGACCAGAGAUCCAGGUUCAAGUCACUGUAAAUGUAUCUUGACUGCUUUGGUGCCUCAUAUUUGUGGUAGCAGCCAUGGAGAUUCGAAAGAGUGACUGCUCUUGUAUAGACACGGUAUGGACCCUUAUUAUCGUGUCUCUGCGAUGUGACUGCCUAGACAAACCAUGGGAUGACAUGCGAAUUCUUGGUGGGCAAUUUUCACACAAGGUUUGCUGC